GCAAAUUCACUCAUGGUUAACAAAACACCAAGUUGAAAAAAAAGCUACGUCCAACGAGCCUCAACUGACGAGCUUCGAGAAAACCAUACUUAAAUUGAUGCCAACACAAAAAACCUUCUCAACGCUAUACACUAACAUGUUGCAGCAUAAUAUCACACUUAGAUAUCCCUUUGUUAUAGCAUGGGAAAAAGACCUAGGACAAACCUUCCCCGAGGCAAUGUGGAGAAAGAUGUUUAUCACCCCCAAAACCCUCACACUCAGUGCCAACCACACUGAAUUAUCCAGGAAAAUUUUAUAUAGAUGGUACUUAGUGCCCACACGCCUCAAACAGAUGUACCCUGAGGCCUCUGACAAAUGUUGGCGCUACGCCUCGACAGCCAGAUCAAUGAUCUAUAUAUGGUGGACAUGCCCAGUAUUAAACCCCUACUGGACCGCGUUGACCAAAAUGAUCCACACUAGUACAGGUAUCCGCAUACCACAAACCCCAGACUGCCUACUGCUCCACAACUACCCACCAAUGCUCCCUAAAACAACUAGAUAUUUGACCUAUCAGAUCAACAUAGCAGCCCUAACCCUGAUUAGCAGGUCAUGGAAAAAAGCUGAAGCACCAACCAUGCCACAAUGUAUACAACUCAUAAAUACGACUAGACUUUAUGAGCUAGCAAGCAGAACAGCUUUCCCCACCAGAGCAACCUUCUGGAAAACAGCUUGGCAAACCUGGGAGGCUUUCGAAAACAAACCCCCCCCCCUCCCCCCGGCAACAUCACAGAACAUAAUCCGAAGUCUCGACAGCCGAGCUCAUCAUUAUAGUGAUAGCUACCAUGCUACCCCAAUGACCACAG